AUGGGCCACGUCUCCUCAACGCCUGUUCACGGGGAGGUGACGACAGUGAGCAAGAAACAGUUCAUCCGUCUGCUCUCGCCUGACGCUCUUUCAGCCCAGAGAAGAAAGCUCUUGAAACUUCCCUCAGGACAUCACGUUGAGGGAGUUACUGACCGUACCACCACCACACGAGACCUGGGGAAAGAGCAGUCUGGUGCCGGCCCUUCUUCAGGAGCUCACGAACCAACUGUGAGCUCCACACCAAUGGACGCAUGUGCUGAUGUGCUCUCAGACCAGGCUACCAGCACGCAUGAGAUGGUCCUUAAGGACGCCUCCACCAAUGAGCUGCUCAGAUUGUUGGGCGAGUUCUUGUGCCGCCGAUGCCGCCUGCUCAAGGACCUCUCUCCUGAGGACCCUCUGAUGUGGCUUCGCAUGGUGGACAUCUUUCUGCUGCUCAGCAAAUGCCAGCGUCAGUGCUUCAUUGUCCCAGGCAGCGUGGUCUUCCUGUACAUGCUGUGCCGUGACACAGUCUCGGCUGAGGUAUCCAGCAUGAGGGAACUGCAGGCUGUGGUGCUCACCUGCUUCUACGUGGCAUACGCCUACAUCGGCCAUGAGCUCGGCUACCCAGUCAUGCCCUUUAUAGUGGAGGACAACAGCACCGUCUUCUGGAAGAGAACUUUGGACAUCACCAAGCGCAUGAGUGGCAAGAUGCUGCAGAUCAACGAAGACCCACAGUAUUUUGCUGACGUCUUCACUGCCCUGAAGAAUGGAACAGAUCAUUGA